AUGCACCAGCUCUAUACCAUAUAUAUAUUUGAUGACGAAUAUGAAAACGAAUCGCUAGUAGACCUAUCUUCUCAAUUCACGUCUCAAUAUAAUGAAUCGAACAAUACCAAUAAUAACAAUUCAAUUAAUAACUCAAUUAAUGACAAACUUUACAACAUGCUGCCAACUGGUUAG